AUGGCGCAAUUGGAUAAAGUGAAUUUAGUGGAGGGACACAGCUACAGCUCGACACGAGCUAUCGGUGAUGUGCUUAUUGGCGAGGACGUCGCCCGCCCAAUUUUUGAAGCAAUCUCGUCUGGCGAUGACAUCGCCCUGCAGAGCUUGCUAUUGCAACCACAAUGGAUCAAGAUAAUGCUCGAAAAACAGCACGCUAUCAUUUCCGAGCAUCGCCAUAGCGAAGGUCCGGAGGAUGCGCGGGAGGUGACGAUCAGUCGAAUUUCAAACCUGGAAAGGGCUUUUACAACCGCAGCUCGAGAUGGCCAUGCUACAAUGAUACCCGUAUUACUUUCCUUUGCCACACAAAAAGGCAUCGACACUUCUUCUCUCAUAACGAGGUCAUUGGUAUACAGAGUUAUUUUGCACAGGCAUACCGCUGUUUUCAAAGCACUAGCAGCCGCAGACCCAGACAUCAUCCACAACCAAGUCAGUCACGGUACCUUUCCAAUUUACGAGGCCGUAACGGUACGGGCCCCGGACUUGGUCGCUUUGCUGCUCGAGCUUGGGGCGGACCCAUCGCGUCCUGUCCAGCCGUCCAGAAGAAUUGGGACCUACAACUCGUCUCUCUUGUCCCGCGGUGCAAUGGCUAACGGACCAAGUAUAACUGAGAUGUUGUUGAAACACGGUGUCACAAUCCCUAAAACCAGUGCACUGCAUGCUGCUGCGCGUUUUGGACAGCUCGAUACUAUGCGCCUCCUGCUGCAGCAUGGUGCGGAUGUGAACGAGGUCGAUCCUAACUGGAACAACUGGACGCCGAUGCAUUUUGCCGCCUCAAAAGGCCAGGUUGAUGCCAUGAAGUUACUCGAGGAUAGUGAGGCACCCUCUAAUUCAAAGGAUGCGAACGGGAAAACUCCCGCACAACUACUGGAGGAGUUUAAUUCCACUGAGAAUUAA